AUGGGAGAUCCAAUUAUCCCUCGAGCUCUUUGGAGCAACAACACCACUCUUCCGAGCGCCACCCCAUCGUAUAGAACUUUCUCCGACAUCAGAACUGUGAUUUUAGCCUCGACCAAGAACACGGAACUCACGUUCAAUAAUGUUCCUCCAAGUAUCGGGUCUGCCGUUUUUGAUGCACUUUCAGAAGACCACAGUAUCGAAAACCUCAUACCACGCAUGACCUAUAACUCUCACACGAACACAUUCACAGCUCGAGUGAUGCUAACCAGGAUAGACGAUGUCCCCCAGAUGUGGCUCUCAUUGGAGGCGAGUACAAUGCAAGCGACAGGCUUCUUGUCUCUGGACGAACGUCAGCAUCUAUUGACUGUGGUGGGAACAACAUUCGACGGGUUUGCAUUCCCUUACGAGGGUUCCAGGAAGGAGCCCGAUUGGGCCAUUAUGCCCAAUACAGAUACACUUCCUUCUGUAGCGGCGGAGUCGGGAUGGUCUGAUAAUUGGCCAAAAUUGAUUGGUGAUAUGGAGUUGUUGCUCGUGGGAGGGCGUCCAAAUGUCCAGCUGGUUUUACUGUUCAAUUGGUCCAAACGAGUCCACAAUCGUGUAGCAGGGGAGUUACGCGCAUACGAACGUACUGCGGCGGGCAAUGUAAGUGAACGGUUCCGCUCCAGUAUUUUCCCCAUCCCCGAAGGGGGGCCUGCCGGCAUUCCAGUGACCCGUGGAGAGCUCUUUGGUGUAUCUGGUGUUUUCCCGGGCCGCAACGCGGCAGACGUUUGGGAGCUUUCGUUGGCACGACUUCGAGAGAUUGCGGCGCGGAUGAUACGGGCCAGAGGAUGUGUGCCAGCGUGA